AUGGAGAUCAGUCAAAAUAGUAAUGAUAAUAUCAAUCAUGUUGAUAGAGAUAAAGAUAAUAUAGAUAAAGUUACAACAUUGACUACUGAUGCUACUGCAACACCUGUCAUUUCCAGUGAAUCAAAUGAACAAGAAUCUUCUGUAAACAAUGAAAACAACUCUGAGAAUUUAGUUAAUUCAACUAAUAGUAGUAAUAAUAAUAGUAAUAGUAAUAAUAAUAGUGAUGAUGAUGAUAAAGUUAAAUAUUUGAAAAACUUAUCUAUUUUGAAUAGUAUAAAUGUAAAGGAUAGAGAAUAUCAAAAAAUCAAAUCAAAUAUUUUACAGGAAACUGCUUCACUAAGGAAUGAAGAUCUUCUACUAAAUGAUUUACUAAAAGAGAGAAAUCUAUUGGUGCAAGAGUUUAACAAGUUUGAAGCAAUUCUUAAAGAUAUAAAAAAUGAUAUUCAUCAUGUAUGUAUGAUCGUAGAAGUUGAUGGAAUCAUAAAGGAAAGAAAUAGCGAAAAGAAUAAAAUACAGAAACAUAUCAAUCAAUUACAUGAAGUGGCAUCACCCAUCAAAGAUUCAUUGGAAGAGUUAAGAAAAUCCGUUAGAUUACCACCACUCCCCACCAUCGAACAAGAGAAUAACCUCAAACAAACAGAGUAUCUAAAUCAAAGAUUGAACGAAGAGAUCGAAACCAUUUCAAAGAAACAGCAACAAGCUAAUUCAAAAAGAAGAAAGAGUUCAAAUUCUUAG